AUGUUUUUAAAAUAUCUUUAGGGCACAGCCUUAUUCAUUUUGAUUUCAAUUUCUUCAGAUCAAGCAUCUUGUUUGCAAUAAAGAAAGCUAUUACAGAAUUCUCCAUCAAUUCUUCUCAAAUUAGAGCUUGAACUUCAAGGAGAGUCAAUCAUUGCUGUGAAUUUGGAAGAUAAAACUAAUGAUACUUCAAAGUGUUCUACUACUAAUUCUACGCAAUAGAAUAAAACAGAAUCUAUAGUUAAUGAUAAAAAUGUUGCGGAUAAAACUUAAAAAGCCCAAAUUAUUAAACCUUUGGAUUUGAGUCUUUAUACAUCUGAGAAGUAACCUGAGAUUUUGACUCGUGAAAAACAUUUUAAGUAUAUCCUUUAGAAAGCAUUAUCAUUAGCUGACUUAAAGAGUUUAAAUGAAGAUGCUAGAUAGUAUUAAGAAGACGAUGACAUAGUUAUGGCAGAAUAUAUUUAAUAAUACGGAUAAAAAGGAGGAGCCUUUGAGUUAUUAUAGAUUUAUAUUUCCAGCUAUUAUGAUUUAUAAUAUCCCUACGCCGCAGGCAUAAUCCCUGACCAAGCUCUUUUUAUUAUGCCUACAGAAGAAGAGUACAAUUCAGAAAAAACCAAAAUUAAUUAGAAUUUAAAAGCCUUUUAUUCAAGUUAAUUAGCAGAGAGGUAUGACCCUGAUUCAUAAAGUGCAAAAUAAUUUUGCGAUCAUUAAGUUAGAUACUUCAUGAAAUCUUCCUAGAUUUUCCUUUAAGCUCUUCCCAAAUUGACAAAGUUGCAGCUAUUAGCAAUUGGUAACCAUAUUAGAUCUUAAACUCUUGGUGGUCGCUCUCCUGAAGAGAUAAAAACUUACUAAGAUUCAUAUUAAGAAUUCUACAUGAUAUGUAAAGAUCAGAUUUCAAGUGACUUAACAAUUCCAGAACUCUGA